CAUAGCUGCACGUAACUGCGUGAUAACAUCGCAGCUGCAGCUGAAGCUGUCGUACCCCGCGCUCAGCCGCGGCCCGCACUCGCACGAGUACUACAAGCUGCACGACCAGGUGAUACCGCUGAGAUGGCUGCCUUCAGAGGCGGUGCUGGAAGGAGAUUAUUCCACCAAAUCUGAUGUCUACAUGUUCGCUGCUACUGUUUGGGAGAUUUACACGAAAGCGGAGUUGCCAUUUGCCAAAUUGAAUGACAAUUCAGUACUCGAGAGACUCAAGACAGGCAAACAGGAAUGGGUGACCCCGCCAUCUAUGCCGGAAAAACUAGCUACAUUACUGAAACGCUGUUGGAGUCACUCACCCACUGAUCGUCCACAAUUCACUGAAAUAUGCGAAGAACUUGGUAAUAUUUUGAAAGAAAUAACCGCUGAGAAUGCAUCUCAACACUCACAGGCAGAAGUAGAAGAAGAAAGAACGGAGAAGUAAAUCUUAAGUUGGCACGUGGAGUUCAAGGAUGAUCUUAUUCUCCGCGUGCCAACUUAAUUGCCGGUUUGAAUUUUGAACGUUCAUAUUUAUUAUCUAUUGUAUAUAGCUUUGCAAUGUUUUGAAGGUUUUUAUGUUUAUUUAAAAUUUUAUAAGCUUAUAGUUUUUACAUGUCUUUUGGAUGCUAUUUAUUUUAUAUUCUAUUUAUAGUUUUUUAAGACUGCGUAUUUUUGAUGUUUUAUCUGUGCUUUUUGUGUUAAAAAUUUAAGACGUCAAUGUCAGAAAAAGGCGGGUAAAUGCGAUCGAUCGGAACUUACAAAUAAAGUUAAAAUAUGUUAGUAAUAAAUAUUUUUUUAAAAUCCGUGAUUUAAUUUGAAUACUGGACGAUUUAAAAAAACAUUUUUGUUUUUUUUAUACUCAAGGCUAUAUAGACAUAGAUAAAAUUACUUCAAAGACUAUAGAAUUUAGGAUUUUAGUCAUUUUGAUGCAUUUACAGCGUUUUUAUUGCAUUUAGUAUAAAUUAGAUUUAAUUCUAAGACAUCGAAUGAAAAUUUUGACAGAUGUCACUUUGACGUUUCAAGUGACAGUUGACAGCAAAUGUCAAAUGACAGUUUGAAUUUAGAAUUUGGCGUUUUUUUCCUGUGAAUACAAUUUAUUGUAGCCUUUAGCUGUUUAAGUUAGGAAAAUAAGGUUCUAAGUUAUUUUAUAAGCGAAAAACAUAAGCUAAAAUGAUACUGCCAUUGAUGUACAUAGAAUUUUCUAGUAUUUAAGACUGAUUCUAGAUUUAAUUAUUAGAUUUAGUUUGUUAUUUUCGUCCGGUAUUAUCUGCACGUCCCGAUACAAUCGAAAUUUGUAGAAUAAUUUUAGUGUAAUUUAAAAGUUUUUAGUAUCGAAUAUCGAUAUGAAAUCGAUUAAAUAAUCGAUUAAUCGACUAGUGGCUGUAAUAGUUGCUUUUUACCCUACUGUACUGUUAAAACCGUUGAAAAAAGUUAGAAAUAAUGUCUUUCUAUCGAUAUUUGAUACUAAAACUUGAAAGUUAUUUCACAACUUAUUGUGAACAUAAAGAAAUAAAUAUUAAGGGCAUUACAAAACUUAAUUUAAAAAAAAAAUAACAUUUUGUCAUUUGUCAGUUUGUAAACGCCCCAUAUGAACGGUAGUUUUUAAGUUUUAAGUAUUCGGCCGUUUAUAAUAAAAUCGCAUAAAAAAAAAUAAUAAAAAAAUAUGCAGACGAAUUGAGUACCUCCUUUUGGGAAGUCGGUCAAAAAGUUGUGAAAUAACUUUUAAAAAAACCCCACAUUUUGGUGCCAUUUACCCAAUUGCAAUUGAUGCGGAAAAAUUCUUAUUGAAAAUUUGUAUUUUGUACAUUCAAUUGAUACCAGAUUAUGCAUUUAUAGGUUAGUUUAUAACUAUGGAAAAUCAUAGAUUAUUAAAAGCUAAGGUUUUCUAUAGUUUAUUAUAUUAAUUAAGAUUUAUAGAGAGUAAAUAUACUUUUAAUUCAAAAACGUUAUUUUAAAGAUCUUAAAGUUUGACAUUACUUUUUUAAAAGGCAAAGGUUUCGAUGACAUUCAGCCAACUUUGA